AUGCCCGAAGUACCAGCAGUCCCUGCUUUUAAUCUAACGGAAUUGGACUACAAGCUCCUGGCCAUGACCGAUGAGGAAUUCAUAUACCACGACUGGGAAGACCUGAAAAGUAUCAUCGCGCGAAAUGAUCUCGGUGCUCUGAAGCGGAAGCCUUCCGAUCUCCGUCGAUACCUGGCCUGGACACAAGAGACCAAAACCCAGUAUGGCACGAUCAUGAAUUAUAUCUGCCAACAACGAUUAAAGUGGCAUUUACCGGUAAAUACUGGCGGCACUGAAUCCGCGGUUGACCAGCAGAGUGGAACCCUGGUGACCUUCAAGAACCCGCGUCCCUUUGCCGAUCCCGAGGACUACAAGAUCCUCCGCAAUGACUGGCCCUAUGGCCUCACUCCCGGAAUUUCACAUCUGGUUGUGUGGCUGCGGACUCCCAUCCCUGUACAAUCUGGUGAGGGCCAUCUGACCGAUGAAUCUCGUGCAAUGAUCAACGGGUUUGUUCGAAAGACUUUUGUCGAUCGUUUGGCCAAGGAUCCUCAAAAUUUCUCAGACCCUGACUCCCAUGUGCUGUGGUUUAAGAAUUGGGUUGGUUUACAGAGUGUGAGGGCAUUGGAGCAUGUCCACAUUUUGGUUCGUGAUGUUCCUGAGGAUAUCCUAUUUGAAUGGAUAAACGAGUGA